AAGAAGAAGAAGAAGAAGAAGAAGAAGAAGAAGAGCUAAGAAAAGCGGUCCACAAAAGAAGUUCAUGGCGGAACGAAGAGCGAAGUAAGGCAGUCCUAAAUAGAAAUUAAGCACGCAAGACGAUUUUCACUAAUGGGUCGGAGCGAGUCUGGUAGCAGCUGUCAUAGGCCUAAGAGCCGACACAAAGAAGAUAGAAAAUCCAGAUCCUUGUCAUCUUCAAGCAUUGGCAGACAAAGUCCAAAUCCACAAAAGAAACCUGAACGGACCUCUGAGAAGAAGACAAAAAGGAGAAGGAGUCCUUCAACCUCUUCAUCAUCUUCAAGCUCCUCCAUCUCAUCCAAUGAAAAAGAAGCCAAGAAGAAGAAGAAGAAACACAGAGAAGCCAAAAAGAAAAUGAAGCAUAAGAAGAAAAAGGAGAAAAGGGAAAAGAAGUUGCAAAAAAAGUUUGCAGAGAAAGCUGUAAGAGAGGAAGUGGCAGCUUCUGUUCAGACUCCUGUUUCAGUUGGUCCCCAAAAAUUCUUGCAGACCUGGCAGAGUGAAGAGUCUAAAGAACACGGCCCUGUCAUGACUGAUGAACAGAUGGCCAGACUUCACACCAAGAGACCAAUGACAAAGGAGGAAUAUGAGGCCAGGCAAAGUGUCAUUCGUCGGGUCUACGACUCUGAGACAGGCCGUACCAGGCUUAUUCGAGGAGAUGGAGAAAUUUUAGAAGAGAUUGUCAGCCAGGAAAGACACAAAGAAAUCAACAAGGUGCAGUGCAUGACUUCAAUUCAAGCAACUAAAGGAGAUGGUGAUGCCUUCCAGAAGAGAUUAGGGAUCAGCAGGUAGCGAGACUGAAACCAAUUUUAAAACCAAUUUGAAUGAUCCUGUAGAUCUUAAGACUGACUGUGAAAAUCUUUUAAGUAUCCACCUCCUGCAUUUUACCAGAAUUCAGCAAUUUCCUAUUCAGAUACUCUUGUUUCUGUGUUGUUCUUCUGACGAAAGGUCAUUCUUACAGUCGGUCUUUUCUUGGCCAGUUAUAACUAAAUGUAAUAGAAAUGUGAUUCUAUUGUGACAUCAGUUCAAACUUCAUGUAAUGCAUAUUUAAUGAUAUGCGUAGUAACACUUACGUUUUGAUGUUACUUUUUCAUUAAAAUUGACAUUUGGAAACAUGGUUGUAUAUAAGAUGGCAUACAAAAAAGAAAAUGACAUAUUUGUGUCUUUAUUUCAAAUGUCAUUGUCUGCCAGUGCUGAAAAUUCUUGUGUCUUUACAUAAUUAAAAGGAUAUGUUAGGCAAUAGCUUCUAAUACAGGUUAGUACGGGCUAAAAGGGGUUAACUAUUAACGGUUGAAAUAAUACUUUAUUAACAGAGGUAGAUUGGAUUUUAUUUAGAAACAAAGUUAUUUGCCAUUAUUGUAAGAUGUAACUCAUUGUCAUUGAAGCUCAGCAUGUCUGCAAUAUCACCUAUGAGCUAAACACAAAGUUGAUGGUGUUAAAAUUGAGAAGACUACCGGUAUCAAAGGACUGCUGUACCAAUUAAUGUUUUACACUUUUUGUUUCUUUCUUUAAAAAAAUAAAUAAAAUGCAUUAAAAAUGGAUACAUCACAUUUUGAAAGGAAAAUAUAUUUAA